GAAACUGUAACUACCAGAAUAGACAUUUCGUUUAAAUAUAUGUGGUAAACUAUGGCCUACAGCUAAGGUAAAAGUAAGGCCUAGAGCUAAGGUAAAAGUAAGGCCUAGAGCUAAGAUUUGUCUACACCAUGAACAGAGCAGAGUUGUGUGUCCAGUUAGUGAAAGGUCUGGAGAAUGUGUGGAACGAGAACAUUUUAUUUGACUUCGCUGUGAAAGUUCAGGAUAAAAUCAUCGAAUGUCAUCGACUCAUCCUAGCGGCGUGUUCAGAAUUUUUUAGGGCGCUGUUCAGGUCUGGUAUGAAAGAAGUCACAGAAAACUGUGUUGUGCUAAAAGAUGUUUCAUGUGAAGUUUUCAGCCUAAUUUUGAAUUUCUUAUACACAGGAACAAGUCUGUUAACUUUAGACAAUUUCAUUGAUGUGUGGAGAGCUGCUCAUAUGCUACAAAUUGACCUCAUGAUACAUGUUUGUGAGCAGUUCGCUAUUGAAUCUCUUUCAACACACACAUGGGAAAAUAUUUAUGAAAAUGCAAAUCUGUUUGGUUCAGCGAAUAUUCUUGUAGAGCUUCACUCGUUCUUGUUAAAAAACUUUGAACAAUGUAGAUAUUCAGAAACAUUUCUACAACUGUCGUUUGAGGAAGUCAAGGACUUGAUUAAAAGCCAGGAUCUUGUAGUAAGCAAAGAGGACUCUGUCCUUGAAUUUCUCAUUAAAUGGAUUAAUUAUAAACCUACAAGUAAUAUAAACAUCCACGAGUCUUCAACAAAAAAUAAUGAACGUACGAUCAGAAAUAACGAUUUGAAACCUAAAAUUGCUUUCCCAAGUGUAGAUGAAAACAAAUUAGAAAAUAGAGCCAAUAAUACUAAACAUGGCCCAAGCAAUAUUAAAGAAGCUUCUAAAACUUCUAGAAUAAAAAUGACUGAAGAUAGUGAAGAUAUAUUGCUCGAGCCUAUUUUAAAAUCUUGUUCAAAAAAUAAUUUUACUGAAUUACUGAAGCUAGUUAGGACAUACCUUGUAAGUAAAUUUGGUGUGUUUCGUGUUAUGAAAAAGAAACUAUUAUCUGAAGUAGAAAUAAAAAUAGAAGAAGAAGAUUCAAGUGACAUAUUUUUCGACAGUUUUGAUUAUAUAAACCUCGAUAGUUGCCUCAGUGAAGAAGAAAUCGAAUUUAAAGAAAGAUGCGAUAAUCUAAAACACGAUUCAAUCAAAGUAGCAGAUGCUUGCAAUUCUGUCAGAAGUAAUACGAGCUUCCCGAAUACUGAUCAGUUGCAAGAUUCUGUAAACAUAGUAAACUCGUCUAGAGAGGAUCGACUAAUAGAAUUGUUGAAGCUAGUCAGGACGUGCCUUGUAAGUCCUGUUGUGUUGUCUCGAGUAUUAAAGAUGGAACUGUUUACUGAAAAUAACGAUGCAAGAGAAAUACUUAUCGAUUCUUUACUAUACUACUUCCUAGAUUGGAGACACGGUCAUUGGCCAUCGACAGCCAUACACCGCUCUUGUAGUGAGUACACACAUGCUGGCGUAUGUGCCGUAAGUGGGGGGUUGUUUGAAUUUAAAUGUGCCCGCACAGAAAAAGUCUUAGCGAUUAACGUGUGUAUUUAUUUACGAAAAUUUAUUCAGCUCGUCACUUUUGAAAAUGAACUUUUUGCGAUAGGAAAAUUUUGCGUCCAACCAAACGAACCUUGCCGAAUGUUUGUGUUUAGGGAAAAGAGCUGGAAGGAAGUGAUGGAACUGCCAAGUCACAAUUUGUUGUUGGUGUCACAUGGGGACUUUAUCUACGUCUUAAACAAAGACGAUGGGUUUAUAUACAUGAUGAAUCCCAAAAGUGGAAACCCCAGUUUAGAGGCAUUGACUGCGCUCCCAGAAUACGUCAAUGCUACACAUUCCAUGGUUAUAGAAGAUAUUCUUUUACUGUUUUGUUCGAAAAUCACAAAAGGCAUUGACGAGACUGUCGUUUACGCAAUGGACUUUUCAUCCAAAAUGUGGACCAGAUUAAACACUCUUGAUGGACCAGCUGAACAGCUGAUUAGUUUCAGGAAUGAUCAACACAACUACGUUUUACAAAGAAAUGGCAUCUUGUGGCUGAUUGUAAACACAUCUAGCUCUUGGAAUGUUCAGUUUAAAUUUCUCGCUAAACUUUGGCAGUUUGAAAAGAAUUUGUGCGGUGCGUUCACUUAUGAAUCAAAACUUAUUAUUAUGAAGAACCGUGUUUAUAAGAAAUGUAAGAAACAUAUUCCGGACCACUUUGAAACCAUUUCGUACUGGGGAAAAUAUGGAAUUUCUUCAAACUUUGUUCCCAUCACUGUACUUAAGUCGCCUGAACUGCUCGAAAAUUAAAUAUUUUCGUUUUGAUUUUAAAAACAAUUUUGCUCGUAAGUUUGAUCUUUUUCUUUAAGCAUAAAAAGCACUAAAACGUUCCUUGAUAAAAAAAAGUAAGUUUAAAAAUAUAGUAUUAUUCAAAAUAUUUUCAA